UUAUAACUAAUUAUCGUAUAUUGGAAAUAUACGGUCAUUUAAAUCGACUAGGUCAGAUCGGACCUUACGCAAAUAAGAGAACAGUAUGGUAACUCAUUAGCUUGGUAGUGAAUGAAAUCAAACAGUCUGAGAGGGCAACUUUUUGUCGGCAAAUGUUUUCAGUCAAAUUACUAGGGAAGAAAGUGCAACUCUCUCCAAAGAACAGCCCAAUCUGGACAUUGCAGGGUUUCUGGAACCAGAUAAGAAUGUCCUCAUCACACCCAGUGGCAGCGGUCUGUCAAGUGACUUCGACUCCUGAUAAAGAGGCGAACUUCGUAGCAUGCAAGCGAUUGGUCGAACAGGCCAAGGAAAGCGGGGCUAGCAUGGUCUUCUUGCCUGAAGGUUUUGAUUACAUCGGCUCGAACCGUGAAGAAACACUGCAGCUGUCUGAAAGUUUGGAUGGUGAUAUCAUCACUCGAUAUUCCCAACUUGCCAGGAAUUUGGACGUUUGGCUGUCUUUGGGAGGGUUUCACGAGAGAGGACACGACUGGGAAGCCGACCGGCGAAUCUACAACAGUCACAUCAUCAUUAACGGACAGGGUGACAUAGCGGCUGUGUACAGGAAGGGCCAUUUGUUUGAUGUGGAGCUGACAGGGAAGGGCGUGUCCCUCAAAGAAAGUUCUUUCACCAUCCCAGGCCCCAGCCUGGUCCAGCCAGUCCAGACACCCGUCGGCAAGGUGGGUCUUGGCAUCUGCUAUGACCUACGUUUCCCUGAGUUGUCAUUGGCGCUGCAGAGGCAGGGCGCAGAGAUUCUGACCUAUCCGUCAGCCUUCACCGUGGCAACAGGCACCGCCCACUGGGAGGUGUUGCUACGUGCCAGAGCGAUUGAGACCCAGUGUUUCGUCCUCGCUGCCGCGCAAGUAGGAGCGCAUCACGAGAAACGGACGUCGUACGGCCACGCUCUAGCCGUGGAUCCGUGGGGCGUGGUCGUGGGCGACUGUGGGGGUACAGAUAUGGGAGUGGCUCUAAUAGAGAUUGACUUGCAGAAGUUAAAGGGCAUCAGGAGAGACAUGCCAGUGCAACGACAUCGAAGAGAACCUGGUUUUUACAGCAGCCUGGACUGAAAUCAACUGGAGUUUUUUGGGGAUAGUUCUCUGUGUAGAUUAAACAGUGUUUUAAAAACGUGUUAGAAAAGAUCAGAAUGAUAUCGCAACUGCACAUCACAACUGUUUGGUUUGCCCUAGCACUUAAUGUGAAUGAGAUUUUAUAUGGAUUUUUUUAAAUAUUGGGAUGUAUUUGCUAGACGCAAAUAUUAUGUAUUGAUCAGAUACAGGACCAAACGGAUUAAACUUUGAGCUAUUAACUUUGAGUUAU